AUUAUAAUAAAAACUACAAAUUUUCUUGUGUCAGAUUGUUGGCUCUUUUUGAAAAGAUUCAGGACAGGACAAAAGCAGAGAUGAAAUGAACUUUUCCAAUCUGUUUUUCUAACAACAACCCAUGUUCAUGUUUCUCUUUUUCUUUGUUAUUUCUUUAUCAAGGGGAACCACAUUUCACGAGCUUACUCAUUUGCUAGUCAUAUUUUUUCUGGGUUUGAAUCUUACUGGUGAGUUUUAGUAUUCUUUCCAUUAGUUACACAUUCCAUUGCUACCUUUUGUUUUUUCCUUUUGCUCCAAAGUUUUGUACUUAUUCUUGGUUCAGAUCUGCAUCUUGUCUAGCCUAGGUGUGUUGGACUGAGAUGAUUUGUCAUUCAUUCAUGGUUCUGCUGAAACCUGAGUAAGUGCAUGUUAUUCAACUUGUUGAGAUAUCUACAUAUCUAUGUUGUUGUAUGAGAGUUUUCUUAUGAAGUUUAAUGAACUGAUCAUCAUGGUUAAAAAUCUUGGAGAUAGAAGUAGUUACUGUGAUUUAAGAGCUGGGUGUUUAUGCCUUUUUGUCUAGAUUGUGUGUUCUUGAACAUUGGGUUAUUGCUUUAUUCCAUCAGGCUUUCCCUUCUAGCUUGAAAAUAAUAGAAAGAAUUCUUUAGGAAGAAGGGUAAUGGAGAGGGUCCAAUGUUGGGAAGUCUUUGCUCUAAUGUCUUUGGUGAUAAUCUCUGCUUUUGUUAAAACUGGAGAAGCUCAGUCAAAGUCUUUUCUGAUAAAUUGUGGUACAAAUUCCAGUGUUAAUGUGGAUGGUAGGAGAUGGGUUGGUGACUUGGUCCCUGAUGGCAAUCUCAACCUCAGUUCUCCCAGCAUUGCUGCAUCCACUGCUGCGCUAAGCGAUAGUUCAAAUUUUGGACCUCUCUACGAAACUGCUCGGUUUUUUACAGAGAGUUUGAAUUACACUUUUGAAGGAAUUCAUGGGAACUAUUUCGUUAGGCUCCAUUUCUGUCCAUUCUCAUUUGGGAAUUACAAUGUAAAUGAGUCUGCAUUUGAUGUUGUUGCAAAUGGUCUAAAAUUGGUCUCAAAAUUCAAUGUUCCCAGUGAGAUAUCACAUAAGAAUUCAAACUCGCAGAGUUCAGGAAGCAAUUCAAGUUCAUUCUUUUUGAUUAAGGAGUACAUUUUACCCAUCAAUAUGGAUGUGCUUGUGGUAGAGUUCUUGCCAGUAAAAGGAUCAUUAGGGUUCAUAAAUGCCAUUGAGAUUGUCCCCAUUGUAGAUAAGCUUUUUGCAGACUCAAUUAGUAGAGUGGGUGACAAUAGUGUGAAUUUGAGUGGAAGGAGCAUCCAGACCAUGUAUAGGUUGAAUGUAGGAGGUUCUGAAGUUAAAUCCAAUCAAGAUUCAAAUCUUUGGAGAACAUGGGAAGUGGAUUUCAGCUACAUGUUCACAGCAAAUGCUGGCUCAGAGAUCAGUAACAGUUCGAAUAUUACCCAUGCUUCCGCGAAUGAUUCCUCUGUGGCUCCUCUUCUUGUUUAUGAAACAGCAAGAACAAUGUCCAACACUGGAGUCCUAGAGAAAAGGUUCAACAUGUCAUGGAAAUUUGAGGUUGAUCCUGAUUUUGAUUAUUUGAUCCGAUUACAUUUCUGUGAGCUGGUUUUUAAUGUACCAAAGCAAAGGAUUUUCAGAAUCUAUAUAAAUAACAGGACUGCAGCAGACAAUUUUGAUGUUUUUGAGCGAUCAGGAGGGAUAAAUAAAGCAUAUCACCAGGACUACAUUGAUGCUGUGUCAUCCAAAACUAAGACACUUUGGAUUCAACUAGGUCCUGAGACAGCAGCUGGUGCUGCAGGAACUGAUGCCCUCUUGAACGGGUUGGAGAUUUUCAAGCUGAGCCAAAGUGGGAGCCUUGCCUAUGUAGAGCCUUAUGAUUCUACUGGGAAUUCAGUAGGCAAUUCAAAAACUAAAAUUCUUUGGGAGGGUAUAGGAGCCGGUGUAACUUCUGUUGUUAUGCUCGGAGUUAUAAUCAGCUUCAUCUAUUGUUUCUGCAGACGCCAAAGAGAAAAAUUGAGUGGUACCAAAAACAACUCUCCUGGUUGGAGGCCAUUAUUCCUUAAUGGGUCUAUUUUAAAUAACUCAGCCAAUGGCAAGAGAGCAACUGGAAGCCAAUAUCCAUAUGGAUCUGUGGCCUCUACUAGGGUUGGCAAACAGUUUACACUACCAGAGAUUUGUGCAGCUACAAACAAUUUUGAUGACAGUUUAGUGAUUGGAGUAGGAGGUUUUGGCAAGGUGUACAAAGGAGAGAUUGAAGAUGGCACCCUUGUUGCAAUAAAGCGGUCAAACCCACAAUCUGAGCAAGGUUUGGCUGAAUUUGAAACAGAGAUUGAGAUGCUUUCAAAGCUCAGACACAGGCAUUUGGUGUCCAUGAUUGGGUUCUGUGAUGAACAAAAUGAGAUGAUUUUGGUUUACGAGUAUAUGGCAAAUGGGACUCUUAGAAGUCACCUCUUUGGGAGUGAUCUCUCACCAUUGACUUGGAAGCAGCGAUUAGAAGCAUGUAUCGGUGCUGCACGAGGACUAUAUUACCUUCAUACAGGAGCAGACCGGGGAAUAAUCCACAGGGAUGUUAAGACGACUAACAUACUAUUAGAUGAAAAGUUUGUAGCAAAAAUGUCUGACUUUGGGCUGUCAAAAACUGGUCCUGCUUUGGAUCACACCCAUGUUAGUACUGCAGUAAAAGGAAGCUUCGGAUAUCUAGACCCUGAGUACUACAGACGACAGCAUUUGACUGAGAAAUCUGAUGUUUACUCUUUUGGAGUAGUGUUGUUUGAAGUCGUUUGUGCUCGAGCUGUUAUAAAUCCAAGCUUGCCUAAAGAUCAGAUCAAUCUUGCAGAGUGGGCAAUGGGAUGGCAACGGCAGAGAUCACUAGAAACUAUAAUUGACUCUCGUCUCAAAGGAAAUUAUUCUCCAGAGUCCUUGAAGAAGUUUGGAGAGAUAGCAGAAAAAUGUCUUGCUGAUGAGGGGAAGAACCGGCCUACAAUGGGGGAAGUUUUGUGGUACUUGGAGUAUGUCUUGCAACUCCAGGAAGCUUGGAUGUGCACCAAUAAUGCAGAAAAUUCCUUUUCAAGUAGUCAAGUUUUGGGGGUUUUAAAAGAAGCAGCAGCAGAAAAGAAGCAAGAACCUCACAGCUUAGAUGAAGACACCAAUUCAGGUGGCAAAAUGGUAUGCCAAGAAUAACUUGACACCCGGGUAAUUAUUCAAUCAGAUACCGUGAAUGGAGCUGAUGCGCUCUCACAGUAAACUUGCCUACAUGACCAGUGAGGAAAAGAUAUUGCAUUCAAUUCUAUUGCAUUAUAAAUUCUUUCAUAUUUGUUUCAUUAAUUUCAAUAUGGACUUGGACUUGAUUUUUUAUUUUUUAUUUUUUUUCUGUUGUACCAUUCAUAUUAGCCUACUAGUGAAGGAGUAAAUCAUGAGGAGAUCAUCAUAGUGUUUUAAACAAUAUUCUUUGUAAUAUAUGUUGCUAUGUUCAAUUGAG